AUGGCCUCGGUGACUCCGGCAGGCGGCGAUGGCCUGGGCGAUGCGAGCGGAGGCGACCUCCCCCGCUUCGAUGGCAGUGGCGGCUACUCCAGCUCGGAGUACAGUAGCGCGGAGGAAGAUUUUGCGGAGCCGGCGUUGUCGAUGGAGCAGAGGCUGCGGAUGGCGCGAAUUUGGGUGGACAACCCUAGCACCGCCCAUCACUGGACUCAUGGCUUCGGUGGUGUUCUUUUGUAUGAUGACAUUUUGGAUGUUAGGUUCUUUUUUGAUGCUUCAGAAAUGUUAGAGCUGAAGCUCUGCAGUUCAGAUGUAACAUACCUGAAUAUGAUUGCAGUGAUGGAAACCCAAGGAUUUAGUGAAUAUGAUCUGCUGUUUCACAUUGAGAAUCCAGAUUUAGGGGAGAAAGGAUUGGAGAUGGUAGAGAGUAAUGCUGAGUUGCAACUAGUAAAGAGGCAGGUUGAGGAGUGUAAGGUUUUAAAUUUGCUAGUGAGGGCAUGUCCACCUCCUUGCAGCAAGUUUGAGAGGCAAGAAUUAUCCACUGUUGUGUAUGAAGAGCCUGUGUUAUAUGAUCUCAGUGAGCCACCCAUCUAUGCUGUUGAUGAAGAAGGAGUUGCCUUUGAAAAAGAAGAAGAGGGAUAUGAUGGCAGUGGUGGUUCUGAUUGUGAAGGUGAAGAUGACAGUGAUGUAAACCCUUUUUAUAUGGGUGAUGCUGAUGACAUAGAGAUGGAUGAGGGAAAGAAACAGAGAGAGUAUGAUGAAGUAGAAGAGGAAGAAACAGAUGAUGAAGAAUCUGAGGAGGAAGAAAUGGUGCAUUACUCUGGUGACACAGAGGUUGAGGAACCUUUUGAAAUGGAUGAAGAUGACAAGGUUGUUUCACAGGAUGAAGAAACUGUAGUUGUACAUGAAGAGAAGAAGAAGAAGAAGAAACAGAAGCUUCCAGUUAGGAAAGGGCCUACAACAAGGACACAUUCAAGUGUAGUUCAAGAGGAGGAACCUGAUUUCCAACCUUCAUCUGAUGAAGAAGAGAAAGGAUUGUUGAAGGAGGCUGAUGAUGAUGGUUAUGAGCCAUUGUCAUUUGUGCUGCCAAAGAAAAGGAAGAGCAGGGCAAAGCAGAGGCCUCCUAGAAAAUGGUACAAUGAGAAAAUGGAGGCACCACAUGAGCAAUUAUGUCUACAGAUGUGUUUCAAGGAUCAACAUCAAUUCAGAGAGGCUUUGUUGAACUUACACAUCACUCAAGGCAGUAACUUCAAAUAUCAUAGGAACUCAGAUCAAAGAAUAAUUGUAGAAUGCAACCAAAAACAUUGCAACUUCUUUAUGGUGGCAGCAGUUAUAAAAGGUGAAACUACUUUUGUAAUUAAGAAGAUGAGAAUUAAGCACACUUGCCCUAUUAGUACAGAGACAACAAGGGUAAGUGCCAAGUGGCUUGCACAGAAGUAUGAGUCAUUGUUCAGAUCUGAUCUAACAACUGGCAUUCAGACUUUGAUUGAUGCCUGCAUGGAGAAGUAUGGUGUGGAUGUGCCCAAGUCAAUGGCAUAUAGGGCAAAGAACCUAGCUAUUGAUGCUGUGCUAGGAGACCACAAGAAGCAACACCCUAGGUUGAAAGACUAUGCUCAGACAGUGAUGGAUACAAACCCUGGGAGUAGAGUAGUAGUCACUACUGUAACUCCAACACCCACUGAAAAAAUCCCCCAUCCAGGUCCAAGAUUCCAUGCUAUGUUCUAUUGCAUCAAUGGAGCAAGGGAGGGGUUUCUCAAGGGGUGCAGACCAUUCAUUGGUGUUGAUGGGUGCUUCAUUAAGAUAACUACUGGUGCUCAACUACUUGCUGCCACUGGUAGAGAUGGCAACAACAAUAUAUACCCACUAGCAUUUGGUAUUGUUGGGCAAGAGGACACACCUAACUGGUGUUGGUUUCUACACCAACUUAAAAUCUGCCUAGGAGGAGAAGUGGGAAGGUUUGGUCCAUAUACAAUAAUGUCAGAUAGACAAAAGUUUAAUUGUGUGUCCCAGGGCCUACUAAAUGCAGUGAAUGCUGUCUUUCCUAAGUGCAACCAAAGGUUCUGCCUUAGGCAUAUCUAUGCAAACUUCCAAAAUGCUGGGUUUAGGGGGGAAGAUCUGAAAAAGUGUAUGGAUAAUGCUGCCUAUGCAUAUAGUGAACACAAAUUUAACAUUGCACUGAAUGACCUUAGAGCUGAGUGUGAGCAAGCUUGGGAGUGGCUUUGUCAAAUACCCAAGAAAACAUGGGCAAGGCAUGCAUUUGACACAAACUGCAAGACUGACCUUGUAGUUAACAAUUUAUCUGAGGUGUUCAACAAGUAUGUCCUAGAUGUUAGGAAGAAACCAAUUAGGACAAUGUGUGAUGGAAUAAAGGAUAAGCAGAUGGUGAGGUGGCAUAGGAAUAGGGAGAGUGGAAAGAAAGCUAUAUGGGACAUAACACCCCAUUAUAGUGAGAAGCUAGAGGUUGAGAAGGAGAGGGCCAAAUAUUGCAAACCAAUUCAAGCUAGUGUGGACUUGUGGCAAGUUACAAGUGGGCAGCAAACCCAUGCUGUUAACUUGCAAAUGCACACAUGUGGGUGCAGAAAAUGGGACCUAAGUGGCAUCCCAUGUAACCAUGCCAUCUCAGCAAUUAACAAGGCCAAAAGAAAACCAGAGGAUUAUGUCAGCAAGUUCUUCAAGAAAGAAAUUUAUCUGGCAGCUUAUGAACCAAUGAUCUAUCCAGUUCCUGAGAGGAAGAAAGAAAGAGAAGAGGAUCAAGGGGAGAUUUGA